AAAACACCCUUUAGCUCAUCCUGUUGUCUUUAACAAGUUUCAGCCGUCAGCUCUGCAAAAAUAUAAGGAUGAGACGUCCAACCAGCUGCUCCUCCAGUCUCCUCUUCAUCCUUGUCCUCCUCUUCCUCUCCGAGAGCUGGGGCCAGAGGUUGAACACAGACAACAAGAAGCCAUCCUGCGAUCACUGCAACCAGCAGCUCUUCUGUAACUGCUCCCACAAUGGAUUCACCAGUGUUCCCAGUGUAACGGGCAGUGCCUUGAGUCUUGAUCUUUCCUUUAACAAAAUAACAGCUGUGACCAAUGAUGACCUGACGGGCCACACGCAACUGAAGGUUCUCGAUCUCCACGGUAAUGGCUUAGCUGAGAUCCAUCCAUCAGCUUUUGACUCUCUGUGGAGCCUGGAACAGCUGGAUCUCUCUUACAACCAGCUGACUAUGCUCAACUACAAAUGGUUCAGCAAGCUAGAAGCUCUGCAGCAGCUCAACCUACUCAACAACCCAUACAGUUACCUCGGUUCUCCUCCAGUAUUUGGGGCCCUCGUCAGACUAAGGAAGCUGGCCCUUGGAGGUCCUUCUCUGAAUGAGCUCAGGAGAGGAGAUCUGUCUGGAGUCACCCAGCUGGAGGAGUUAACUGUUCAUGCAAACAACCUGACCAGCUAUGACGCUGGUACAUUAGCACACAUUUGGCCGCUAGGUCAUGUCACUUUGAGUCUCCAUGGUCCAUUUCUAACAAAUGUGACCUUGGCUGGGGCUAUGAUUGAUGAUGUGUCAUAUCCUGAGACACCCAUCAUUCUGAAAGACAUCCAUUUGAUCGGAGUUCAGUCUGUUCAGCCCUUUAGUAAGGCAGCCAAAAGGAGGAUCAGGUAUUUGACCCUACAUAAUGUUUCUGUGUCUGAUGAGGCUAUUGUUGACUUGCUGGUGGUAUUAGAUGGAGUUCCACUGACCAAACUUACCAUAGAAGAUGUCACACUAACGGGCGAAGGCUGGUGGGAGAAAGCUAGCAAAACUGAUCACAAAAGCAUAGAUGAGUUCCACAUCCGUAACGUUGUGAUUCUGGAUGUCUACAAAUUUACCUCACUUCUACAACUGGGUUUUCUGCUGGAGUAUCCAAGAAGGGUGUCUGUCAUAAACGCCAAGGUGUUUGUGAUGCCUUGUCUUACGUCCCAUCUGCUGAAGAACCUGCAGUACCUUGACCUGUCCGACAACCUUCUGACAGACCUGACUCUGGUGGAGACACUUUGCGGCACAACACAAACUUUGAUGGACAUCCGAGUUUUAAACUUCAGUGGAAACGCUCUGAAGUCUUUGUCCACCGUGAGCCGACUGGUCACAAAGUUCUCUAAACUGACACACCUGGACAUUAGUAGGACCGGUUACAGCUUCAUGCCCUCAAGCUGUCCUUGGCCUUCCACCCUGCGAUUCCUAAACAUCUCCGGGGCUAAGUUCACAGCCAUUACCCCCUGUCUACCCAAAACCCUGGAGGUGCUGGAUUUGAGUAACAACAACCUUAAAGAUUUCACUCUACUUCUGCCUGUACUCAGGGAGCUGUAUCUCUCUGGCAACAAGUUUCUGAGGUUGCCUUCUGGGCUAUCCUUCCCCAAUCUACAAACCCUGACCAUCCAGUCAAAUACCCUGAACAUGUUUGGCAAAACAGACCUCCAGUCAUACCAGCGACUCGAGAACCUCCAGGCUGGUCAGAAUAAGUUUGUCUGCUCCUGUGACUUUGUCAGCUUUGUCCAGUUGGAACUCCGAGGAGGUGGCGGUAUAGAACUGACAGAUGGAGUGGACAGCUACAUCUGCGACUCCCCUUUCUAUCUACAGGGACAGCCAGUGGAUCAAGUCCGACUCUCAGUUGUCAUGUGCCAUCAGGUUUUGUUUGUGUCAGUGAGCUGUGGCUUGGCGUUGUUUGUAGCCAUUCUGCUAUCUGUGGUGCUGUGGCGCAUCCAUGCCUUUUGGUACCUCAAGAUGAUCUGGGCAUGGCUCAAGACCAAGCGUAAUUCUCGACAACGGCAGCAACGCAGAGAUAAGGCAGACACAGAAGCCCUGAUAUCCUUCGAUGCCUUUGUUUCCUACAGUGAAAGAGAUGCUGGCUGGGUGGAAAAUUUUUUGGUACCUGAGCUAGAGGAGCCAAGCGAAAGCAGCUCUGGGACUAGGUCGGCAUCCCACCAGCCAUUGACUCUCUGCCUUCACAAGCGGGAUUUCCUUCCUGGACAAUGGAUUGUGGACAACAUCAUGAAUGCUAUCGAACGCAGUCGGAGGACUGUCUUCAUCCUCUCCGAGAAUUUUGUGCAGUCUGACUGGUGCCGCUAUGAGCUUGACUUCUCUCACUUCUGGCUUUUUGAUGGUCAUGCCACUGGUGAGGCAGCCAUUUUGAUCCUACUAGAGCCGUUGUCCAAGGAUGACGUCCCCAAACGCUUCUACAAACUGCGCAAACUGAUGAGUUCCACCACCUACCUAGAGUGGCCACAGGAGGAUGAGAAGAGGGAGGAGUUCUGGAGGAGUCUGCGUAAUGCUUUGAGAGGAAACGAUAACUAAAAGGGCAGAAUAUGAUAAAGAAUGAGAAGAAAAGGAAAAGAGUUGGACAAUAAGGGAUACAAGAGAGGGAUAAAUAAAGUCAAAGUAAAGCUGUAGCAUUUUAAUUCACUGAUAUCCAUUUUUUUCAUUUUUCAUUACUGAAAAUCACAACCCAAAUUUAUUCCUGUGUUUUGGAGAAAAGCAAAAAGGACGGGGUUGUGGUUGAUAUCAGUUUCUGUCAGUCCAAGGAGGUGGCCUCCUCCACCAACUAGGACAUCAUUGUCACUAGGGAUGGGAAUUGAUAACAAUUUAGCUAUCCCAAUUCUUGUUUCACUUAUCGAUUCUCAUUGUCUCCAAUUUGAGAGUCACCACCAUCUCUAAGCAGCAUAUCAAAGACAUUAAAAUCAUACAAAUUAAUUACAUGCUGUAUGCUCAAAUGUUUGUACAUGUCGGAGGCAUUUUCCCUCUUUGUUGUGAUCAGUUUUGGGAUUAUUACUCAAAAAAGGUAAUUAUUGCACAUAUUGCAAAGAACACUCUUCUUUAAAGUAAUGCAGUACAUUACUUCAUUACAACCAGGAUAAAGACGUUCGUUAUACUACUCAUUACUUUAAUUUUACUAUUCAAAAUGAUCUGAAAAACACUUUCAUAUUAUCACCAUUCACAAUAUAAACCUGAGGCUACAGCCCUAAACACCAACACAAAUCCCUAUCCUGAUGACACAUGUAAGCUUUCUCUUAGUAUUUAGGUAUGAACACAAAGUCAACAGCACAAAUCAAAGAUGAAAACAAGCACAAAGUGAUCACCUCAGUGAUUCUAUUUUAGAAACUUUAACAGGUAGAAACAGAGGUUUUUGCCUGUUAAAAUUCAGCAGCAGCUGGCUUCACUGCAAAUGACACCUCACUUUAGCAUGGUCCCUGGCUUGGGUUAGCAUUUACUCAGCUUUAACAUCACUCUGGGUUCUUGCUAGCUUAGAGGUAGCAUGCUGUGCAGGUGCUUGGGAUGAGCCAAAGUCGUGUUAACAGUAUAAUGCUGUUGUUUCUCUCCUGGAGAAGUCUCCAAUUUACCAUUGUGCUCUCAUCAUUGAAUGCUAUAAAAGUAAAAGUAGAAAAACACAUUUUCUUCCUCAUUUUAAAACUUAAAGCAUGCUUGAGUAAAUUUUCUAUUAAAGUAUGAUGCUGUCAAGUUAACAUUAAACACUGAAUGAACGUGUGCCUCUGUAAUACUUUAAUCAACAACAAAUUCUAAUGAGUCAAAAGCAGGGUGUUUUUUGUUCAUUCAGUGCUUAAAUUUCAAACUAUAUCAAAUGCUUGGAUUGUAGAUGUGUAAUAUUGAAAUAUUUCAUCCAGAAAAACUUAAAGUUAAAGCUUUUGGAGCUGUAAAGCUUUUAACUGUAGGUGUGUUAACCAUGAUGCUUUGCCAAACAUCACAAUAAAUUAUUUGUAAUAAAGACAAAUUACAAUAAAAUGAAACCUAUAAAAACAUACAUCUAUUUUCAUUAUCUUGUAGUUGUUUUUAAAAUACACACAAGUACAAGUGACUUUUUAUUCGUCAUGUUCCUUCAUCAUCUGUACAAUAAUUUACAAACAGAAUAUCAAUCAAAAUAUACUUGCAACCUUCCUUUAUGAAAAAGAGGAAAAGUCACAUUAAAAACAUAUUUUAAAGGAAGUGGGACAGCUCAGUGUUCAAACCUAAAGUCCAAAAUGAAACAAGAACUGAGCUGAAAAUGUCAUAUUAAAAACAACAAGAACUAAAAAGAGUAAUGUUUUCAUGGUCCUGGAUCUUGGACCCAGGGUUUAUGAGCUUCUAAGGUUCUUUUUUAUUUAAUGUAUUUAUUUAUUUUUAUUUUUUUUUGCUUUUAGUCAUCAGUCGUGUUUCUUAAUUCUUCUUUCUUUGGGAGUCCAGUUAGUUGUUGUUUGUUAAUUAGAUUUGGUUUCUUGUGUUUGCUUCCGUUACCUUUAACCUCUGAGAUGUGCUUUGUAUAAUGUUUAAUCUUUUCUUUGAGUCUUUUAAUUUGGUUUAUUAUCAAGUGUCAAGUAUUCAGGUUAGUGUUCUUCUCAGGUUGUUUCCUGUUUUACUCUGUAGGUUAGUUUUCUGUGAUAUCUUGUGUUACUUUACUUCAUGUCUGUCAUUCACCUGAUUGUUUCCAGCUGCUGAUAAUUAGUCUGAAUCUCGUCUCUCACGUGUUGUUGUGUUUACAGCCUUAGUAUGUCUCUGUUGUUGUUGUUGUGGCAUCUGUCGUGCGCCCCUUUUUAAACUUCCUGGAGGAAUCUCCUUUUUUUUCCCCUGGACUUUGUUAUUGGUGGAUUUUUACAGAAGUCUGUCUCCUAUGGCUGGCAUGUGGAUGCUGUCAGUUCACAAUCUGUAUAAUAUUUUGUCUCAUCACAAUCAGAUUAACACCAUUUCUGAGCACAUAUUAAACAGCUAUGGUAAGACAAAAAAACAACAAGAUUUUAAGCAGAUAAACUUAAAUAUGGAACAAAAAUACAAUUUAUUUCUUCACAGACACAGACUCACAAAUGGAGAAGUUCACUAUUAAAAUUUCUCGUGAUUA